AUGUGUUGUACGGGGAAAUGUGCCCGUCUGGUGGGUCUGAUCCUGCUGCCCUCCGCCUUCGUCUGUAUGAUCUCCAACCUGCUGCUGUUCUUCCCCAACGGCGUCACCGGCCUGGACACUGACCAUGUGUCUCUGCAGGUCUGGCUCAUGGGGGGGCUCAUCGGGGGGGGCCUCUUCAUGCUCUGUCCUAGUUGUUCUGCUAUCAGAGCCGGGGGCAAGGGUUGCUGUGGGACUGGUUGCUGUGGCAACCGUUGCGGCGAGAUGCUAAACUCCGUGUUCUCGUCGGCCUUCGGUGUCAUCGGUGCCAUCUACUGCACCAGCGUGGCCUCGGCCGCCCUCGCCAUCGGGCCCAAGUGUCGGCUGAGUGAUGGGAAAUGGGAAUACCCCUUCGAGAACCUGGGAACUGGGAACAGCAGUUACCUGGUCAACCAGGACCUGUGGACUGAAUGUGCUUACCCAGAGAACGUGGUCAUGUGGCAUGUGGUCCUGUUCUCCAUCCUGCUGUCCAUGGGCCUCCUCCAGCUGGUCCUCUGUGGCAUCCAGGUGAUCAACGGAUGCAUCGGAUGCAUCUGCGGAGACUGUCGAGACAGCAAGGAGGACGAUGGAGGACUGUGA